AUGGUGAAAGUAUUGGUAUUCGGCACCGGAGCAGUCGGCAGCGUGUAUGGGUACAUUCUGCACAAAGCAGGUGCUUCCGUCACGUCAGUUUGCCGGAGCAAUUUCGAUGCCGUCAAAGCCAAUGGCAUAACUAUCCGCUCCAAUAGCUGGGGAACCGCCCAUUACCGCCCGAAUGCUGUACAGUCAGUGACCGAGGCAGCUCAUUAUGGCCCAUUCGACUAUUUGCUGGUCUGCGCGAAGGCCUUCCCAGGAGUCGCCGAGCAGAUCAUGCAUGCUGUCGGUCCCAAAACCGUGAUUGUGCUGGCACAGAACGGCAUUGAAAUCGAACCUGAGUACUCCUAUUUGUAUCCUGACAAUACUCUGGUCUCUGGCGUCGUCUGGCUACCGACGACUCAAAUCUCCCCUGGAGUGAUUCAGAUGGGCUCCGGCGAACGAUUCGAAAUUGGAACUUACCCUUCGAGCGCAUCACGCAUGGACAAGCUGAGGACUGAGCAGCUCUCGGAACUUUGGACCUAUGGAGGCGGCUACGUCCUGCUCUUUGACGACAUCCAGCCUCUUCGCUGGUCGAAACUGGCCAUUAACUGCGCCUUCAAUCCAAUGUGUGCGCUUUCGAGAUGCGACGGCGCCAAUCUUCUAAACUCUUCUGAGGACGCCGAUGACAUGGUUGUCAUGAUACUGCGACAAGUCAGCACGAUUGCUUUCGCAGAAGGCCACAGAAAUCUCACCGAGGAAGCAAUACAAGCCAGCGUAGCGUGGCACCGAGCGAAGAAAGAGACUGGUGGCAAGGAGCCUUCGAUGCUGGUCGACGCGAAUCACGGGAAGCCGAUUGAGGUAGAGGCCAUUCUUGGGAACACGGUCAGAAUUGCCAGGAAGCACGGCAUUGAGGUCCCUUAUCUCGAACUGCUGUACACCCUUGGCCGAGCUUUGAACUUCUCCAUUUUGAAACCUGAAGGCUGGAAGCAGCUGGACCAGAGCAGCUAG